GUCUCCCGCCCCGCCUUCGCCGCCGCCCUCGCAGCCCCGGGGAGCUGCCGGGGCAUCGCGGGAAGAGCCCGGAGCCGCCGCUGGCCGCGAGCCGGCCCAACCUCCUGUCCCCGCGGGCGGCCCCGCGCUCCUCCCGGCCCGCGCCUUUCGGGGCCGCCCGUGCACGCGGGCCCGGCUCAGCGGGGCUCGGGCAGCGGCUGCUUCCCGCGCCGGCUUCCUCCAGGGCUGUUCCGUGGCGGCGGCAGAAGGACGCGCGGCCGCGGGCGGGGGAAGACCGGGAGCGCCGGCGGGCCCGGGCCGCGCGUUCGGAGUGGGGCAGUUGCCCGGGACCCGGCACCUGGAGUCCCGGGCCGGCAGCACCGGGGCUACGCUGAGGCGCGGCGGGCUCCGGGCGCCUCCUGGCGGCGCUGCGGGAGAGGCGGCGCGGAGCGGCGAGGCUCGUCGGCUCUGGCUCCGCGGGGCCCAGCUGCGCUGCCUUCCGCGGCCCCAGGGGGCGCCCUUGGGAGUCUGCGUGCUCCAGCCGGGCGGUUGCCAGGUCGCCGCGGGCGAGGGAUGCCGAUGGGCGGGGUUUGGGCGAGGCGGGGAGUCGGGUUCGUGAAGGUAGCAGUCGGCGAGGGCGGGCUCCGCGGACUUCACACGGACGGCCCGGCCAUCACCCCGGAAGUGGGUCCACACGGGACGGAAUUAGACUACACUCAAACUCAAGGGAAACCGUUCAUUGGGCCGGGCCUCGAAGGCGGGUCCCUGCCGACGCGGUGAUUGGAUGCAGUUCCGGCCAGCACGGUGAUUGGGUGAAAGACCCGGCCAGCGCGGCGCUAGCCCGGGCGGCCCGUACGGUGAUUGGGCGCAGGCCCAGCCGGCGCGCUGAUUGGGCGCUGCACACGGCCCUUGCGGCGAUUGGGUGCAGGUCCCAGCCGCGGCGCUGGACCCGGCCCAUGCGAUGCUUGUGCGCAGGUCCCGGGCGGCUGCGGCGGGCUAUCCGAAGGAGGCUGGUGCUGGCUCUAUGGGGAGGCGGCGGCGGCGGGUGCACCCCGCGGCUGGGGCCCGGGCCGGGGCCCUGCCUGAGGCCAUCGCCGCGUUGAGUCGGUCGCUGCCCUCGGGACCCAGCCCCGAGAUCUUCCGCCGUGCCAAGUUCGACCGUCCGGAGGCGACCCCCGCGCUCUGGCAGCUUCUCUUCCGCGUGCUCGCGCCACUCCCUCUGGACAACCCCCUGGCCUCGCUCGCCCCGGAGGUCCAAGCCCGCUUGGUGAAGUCAGCACUGCGCUCCCAGGGCUACCCGCGGCUGGCACUGGCACAGCUCCCUGAGGAUGGCUCCCAGGGCAGCCGGGAGCUGCUGCUGGCUCUGUCCUGGCUCUUGGCUCGAGGACCUGUGCCUGAGCAGAUGCUGGCCCAGACCCGGGUGCCUCUGGGUGAUGAGAUGACUGUGUGCCAGUGUGAGGCCCUGGCCAGCCCUGGCCCACCUGCACCCCAGGUGCGAGCAGAGGAUCCUGUGGAUGUCCGCUAUGUGCAGUGGCUGAUGGGAAAGCUGCGGUUCCGGUGGCGACAGCUGGUGUCCAGUCAGCAGGAACAGUGCACCCUCCUGAGCAAGAUCCACCUGUACACAAGCGGCUGCCAUGGGGAUCAGAGCCUUGGUCAUCUGUCGGUCGCUGAAGCAGAGAUGCUCAGGGACCCAGAGGGAGGCCAGCAGCUGCUGCGGACUCUGGAGUAUGAGAACAGGCGCCUGGAGGCGGUCCUGACGUGGCGGCGCACAGAGCUGGUCUUCUGGCAGUGGAUGGACACAGUCCUGGACACCUGUGCCCCCAGGGCGCCGGCUGCCGCCUCACAGGGCACCUUCCUGCCCGGGAUCCCUGAGCACAGGGGUGGCGAGUUGGAGCUGGUAGCCUGGGAGCUGCGGGCACUGCAGGAGGAGCUGCAGGAAGCUGCGGAGUGCAGGCGGGCAGCCUGGGAGGCCAAGGCUGGAGGCUGUGGACGGGGGCCAGAGUGGAGUGCUGUGCGGCGGGCCUCUCGAGAGGCUGUGGAGAAGGAGCUGGGAGCUCUGCAGCGGUGCUGGGAGCAAGACAGGGACCCGGCCCAGCCUCACGGGCCACACCGGCUGGUCAGACGAGAGGAUGGGGCAGCAGGGGACUGGGACCUGCGGGCAGCUGAGGUGAUCAGGACGCUGAGGAGCCAGGAGGCCUGCCUGGAGGCAGUGCUGCAUCAACUACAGGGACAGUGUCGGCAGGGACUAGCCAGGUUGGCGGGAGCCCUGCCUGGCCUCAUCUGGAUCCCGCCACUGGGACGCUGAGGACUGUGGACGGGCACUCCUGUAGGAAACCUGCCUUGGCCCAGCCCGGCUGGGCGUUGGAGGAACAGAUACAGGGCCGGGUGGCUGCAGGGAUGGCGGUACAGAGCCCAGGUCAUGUGCUUGAUGCAGGGGCUGGGCUGACUCUGGCCAGAGCUGGGGCCCAAGACCAGCAGCACUGGGAAUAGGUGUGGCCAGACCCCUGAGGGGGUUGUGAUGGUCCAGCUGGCGGGCUGGAGGGGACCCGGGAGUGAACUGUGGCAGCUUCCCCAUAGGCAAGGCUGCCGGGCAAGACUUCCCUGUCUGGGGAAUGGGGUGUAGAGGGGCCGUGGUAGGCGGUCAGCCCUGGGCUGUGAGCACAGCUUCUCCCCCGCCCCAGCCUUGGCUGUGCCUGGGGUGAUGCCGGAUGGGAGCCUGGGGCUCUGUUCCUUCCCUGGAGGUGGUGCUCCGGGUGGGGGCACUGCGUGGACAGAGAGGCUUUGUUCCAGAGGCUACCCAGCAAGCUCUGCUCUGCUCUGACAAAGAGCCAUCUGUGUCCCAGGGAUGUGCCCCAGCCUGGCGGAAGGAGGCUGGGCCUUAGGGCACCCCCCGCCCCCACCAGCGGGGACAGGUGGCCCUGGGGCCUCCCCUGCCCCCCUCACAGGGCCCUCUGUCUUCUGGGGUCAUAGGACUCUGGCCCGAGGUGGGCAGAGACGGGGCUGGUGGGGCCACCUCCAGGCUCCUGCCAGCUCUGCCCUGGGGCCACAUCCAUCACGCCUGCUAGAACACGCCCUCACUGGAGACUUUCCCACUGGCCUGGGGCUUGUGCCUGUGCGACAGCGCACACCCGGGCUGCCCCUCCGGACAGCCUCAGCCUGUCCGGGCCUCCUCAGCCCUGGGGUGAACACAGCUAGGCUGCCUGCUUCCCUAUUCCUGUGCCUGGACCUUAGGAGCACCUCAGUACCCGGAUGUGGCCAGCAAGGCCUCCCUUUCAGGAGCACCUCCCUGACCCGCUCAUGCUGUGGGCCCUGUGCAAAAGCACUGUGGGCUGCCCACCCUCCGGCCCCUCUGCUGGCUCCUCCUAAGGGUUCCUGCCACUUGUAGCUGCGGGGUCCAGCCCUGUGUCAGGCACUCGGCCCUCAGCCCUCCUCCACUGCAGCCUCGAAGGUCCCCGGUGUCCUCAGCCAGCCUGGGCUUCCGGACAGCGCUCUUAUGCUGGGAGCAAGUCCGCGUAAAGCCCUGCUUCUAUAACCACAGACCCAGGACUCCCACUUGUAGGACCACAGCCUACAGGGUCUUGGGGUGUCCCCUAUCGCUGCUGAGGCGCAGGAUCCGAGAAGUAAAGAGAUGGGACACAGAAGGACUGGAAAAGCAGCUGGGCUUGGGGGCCACGCCACCUAUGAGCAGAGACAGGCGAGGCCCCAAACAUCCAGGAGCGUCUGUAUUUAUUGGGUACAAGACAGGGAAGGGUAGUGAGUGAGGUCAUCUUA